AUGGCCCCUGUAACAGCAAAGCUCUGGCUGCAAAGACUGGCUGGUACUUUAGCCUUCAAAACGGGACUUUUAAAUCAUAUAUUACCUUAUAGCCACAUUUCUAUGCAUCCGCAGGUAUUUUUUAUUGUUGUUCAUCAAUCCGUGGUGAUGGCUUUGGCGACAUUUGGAAAUUUAUUCCUAAUUUUCGUCAUUUUUCGAGGAAAUCAAGUUGUAAGACGUCGGAUAUCACCAGUUCAGCUUCUACUACUUCACACGUGUGUGGCAGACUUGUUAUUCGCUCUGCUCACUCUGGGUACAGAGAUAUUAACAUUGGUGUCGUAUCCACAAUUUCGAGGUUCUGACUGGGCUUGCAAAGCAAUGCGGUACGCCCAAGUAUUCCCUCUAUAUGCUAGUCCCUUUCUCCUAGUCGCCAUUAGUGCGGACCGAUAUCAGGCCAUUUGUCGACCAUUGGCAAAUAUUCGAUCGUCUCGCUUUCGGCGGCCAAAUUGUUUCGCUGCUGUUGCUUGGGUGCUAGCACUACUCUUCUCAAUUCCUCAACUUCUCAUUUGGAAGAAGAAAGAAAAUGGUGAAUGUGCAACAUUUUAUGGGAACAAAUCUCAUUUGCUCAAAAAUCUAUACGUCAUCGGCUUCAACACAAUAGCUUGGCUUCUUCCGUCCAUAUUCGCCGCGUGUUUUUACUACUGCGUCUGCAAAGCUGUAUGGAUGUCACGCUCAAAAGCCGCCACGUCUCAGGAUGCGAACAAACUUGAGCCGAAGAAAAGUGAUGCAACGCAAGAUUACAUUGAGAGGUUGCGGAAGAAAUCAUGCGGGCAUAGACGUCAAAAUUCCGAAUUUGACCGCAAACGGGUACAAACAGUGAGGCUCACGAUGACAAUUAUCGCUACAAACUUCUUCUUGUGGAUGCCAUUUUGUGUCGUCAACAUGAUUCAAGCCAUUAAACCCGACGCUUUGAGUGCAAGUCUAAGCAUUUACGUUAUGAUUCUUGGAAAUCUGAACUCAUGCGUAAACCCAUGGGUGUAUAUACUCUUCAAUCGGUCACAAGCUGUAAAAGCUUUAUGUGGACGCGGUGCAAUAGGAUAUUCCACGCAUCGAAGUGAUACCGAUAUGUUGUCGUCAAGUUCAUCGCAACGUCUCAUUCCAAUCUCCGCCCACGAAGCGAUCCCUCAAAGAAACCUCAGAAGGUGGAAGUAUGAUUCGCAAAAGGCAGCCGUCUUCCAUGUAUUCAAGCAGGUCCUCGAAGAGGUUCAUCGAUAA